AUUUGGGCUUUCAAAAAACAAUUAAGAGGAGAAAUGAUAAUAAUAAAAAAAGAAGUGACCUAAAUGUAAUUAAUUAAAAAUUUACUCGCCCAUUCAAAUUUCCAACAACGUAUCAAAACACCUUUUAGCGCUUGCCUUGUACGCGCCACCCUUCUUCUCUACUCGAACCGCUGCAGUUCCACGCGACUGCAAUUCAGGCAGGACCCUAAAUUCCUUGUUGUAUAUAUCUUAUUUGAUUGAUUCCCCUAAUUAUUCACACUCCAACACCGCCGCCUGUCACAGCCGUCCGCCGUCGAAAGCUCAUCACCUCGCCGACCGUCCGUCCGUGUCUGUAACAAGAACUACCAGAAAGCAAAUUAAAUUUUCAAUUGAAGUUAACAGCAGAGAGUUUAAGAGAGAGAAAAAAGAGCAAUCUCUGUGAGAAAAAGAUGGGAGCCAUCAAAUUGGAACUUCGUUCUUCGCAAAAUGUCAACGGCAUUGCGGCUGAUCCGCAACCAGAUUGGAGUUUCGACAAUUUAUUAUUGGAGCUCGAAUCAAUAGACAAUAAGCUCAAUGUAACUUCAAAUUUUCCUUCAGCUUUCACCAAAAAGCAACCUAGGGAAAUAAGAGCCCCAAAGAACAAGUAUGGUUCUGCAAGGGGCUUUUCGAUGCAUGUACCGGAUUAUGAAAGUGACUACAGUGAUGGUGAUAGUGAAGAGGAGGCUGAUAAUUCAUCCAUGGUUUCUGGCAGAAGAUUUGUUUGUGAUGAGCUCGAUAUAAGCGAUGAUUCUGAAAGCGAGAUAUCUCUUGGAGUGCAAUGUCAUCUGAUGGAUAAAGUGGGAUUAGCAGAAGGUGCACUCCACGAGCUAACACACGAGCUUCAACUUAGUGUAACGGAGGAAGUGAGAUCCAAAAUAUUGUCUUUGGAGACUGAGCUUGUUAACGAAAAUGAUAGAUUUGCAUCUUUAACAAUUAAAGUCGACAAACAUAGAGAACUGCAACAAGAGAGGGAGAGAAAAAUUGAUUUGCAGUAUCGACGCACAAUUGCAGAGGCACUCGAUAAUCACCUUACAGCUGUACAGAGAGAUCACGAGCACAUAUCCCAACUCGAAGAGAGAAAAAUAAGAGAUGAUGCUGCUCGUGAGGAUGCUAAAAGAAAGGAAAAGGCUCUUCAGGAAGAAAAAAUACGACAAGAAAGGAUCAAAGCAGAAGAGGAGGCCAGACUAAAAGCUGAAAAGGCUGACAGAGCGAAAGCAGCUGCAGUAGAAGCUGAGAAGAAAGCUGCAGCUGCAGAAGAAGCUGCAUCAAGACUUGAUAACGAAACAGCACAUAAUGCAGUUGGAGUUCCUAAGGAACCUCUUGGACCAUCCAGUUCUGCAGUCAAUGUCGAGAAAGAACUCCAAUCACCAGCAAGAAAUUUGAUUAGAGCUUCAGAAAAUGCUCUUGAAUUAGAAAAGAGAAGGCGGCAAAUUUACGAAGAACUAUCGGCAAAAAACAAUGCCCUGCAAGAUUAUCACAGACAUGGACUGAAUAUUGGUCGACAAAUUAAAACAAUCUCAGCUACUGUAGAAAAUAUAAGAGAUUCCUUUUCCAGGACAAAAGCAGAAGAACUAGUGAGCCUAAUUAAUGGCCCAGGGUGUCCUCAGCCAAUCAGUAUCCAGUUAUUUGCAGAAAAGAUUAUCUCCAACUGCUGCACCAAUGAAAAGACCUCCAAUGCCCUAUUUGCUACUAGUCGUGUCAUUGUUCUCGUUACAUCUCAGAUCCCACUUGCCAUGGAUAUUCUCAUUGCUAAGUUGAACGGAGUUUGUAUAUACACAGUUCCGAAGCACAUAAGUUACUCAUCGGAAGCAUUUAAAACCAAAGACGCUUACUUCAAAGCAAUUGGUUAUGAAGAAAAUGAUGGGAAAAUUGAGAGUACCGACGAGUACGUAGACAAAUUGAGUUGUUAUAUGAAACUCUAUGGAGCUAUAGUUCAGGCUGAGGUCGGAGGCUUUCAGAACAUGCACGGACUAGCAGAAGGCUGGGCAUGGCUUGCGAGAUUCUUGAAUAAUCUUCCGGCAAAUUUGUUUACUGCAGUUGCGCUAAAUUCAUUUCUUGAAAUGGCCGGAUUUGCGCUGUACCGAAGGUACAAAAAUCAGUUUGAGAAAUUAAUGAACAUAAUUGCUCGUGAUUUUUUCGUCGCGUUAAAAGAAGGCGGUUCGGAUUCUCGGAAUGCGAAGAUGAGCAUGGUCAAAACGUCUAUACGGAAUUACAUCGAGUCUCGAAAGUUCCAGAAAGAACCGGAAGGAUUGCGACUGAGGGACUAUCUUGAAUCAAGUGGUUGUUACUGAUGGACAACAGUUUAUUAUUGGUAUUGUUGUCCGAGUGAGUGAAUAUUUAGACUUUUAGCCAAAUGUAUGUAUGGCUAAUUCAAUUUAUUUGUUGUUAGUAUUUAAUUUAUUUUUGGAACAAUGUAAUGAUUUAUUGUGGCAUAGCAUUUUCGAGCUUGAAUUUGGCGAAACUCCAAAUUCGGAAUUUGUAGUUAUAACUUUGUCACAAUGCAUCCAAUCUAUCUGAUUUAAGUUGGAUUAGAAGUUUAAC